AACGCAUCAUAUUGUCAUCAUCCUUCUUAUCUUCAGAACGUAGUGAAUCGCCGCAGGAAUUUGUGUGUGUGCCAUUGAAGACAGGUGAUCUUAGACUCGUGAAUCAUGAAGCUAUUCCUUGGAGUUUGUGCCCUUUUGGUGACCCUUAGCCACGCUGCACCGCCUCAAGGCAAAAGCGAUGCCGACAGCCAAGUCGUGAGCCAGAACUCCGACAUUCAGCCGGACGGAAGUUUCAGUUACGCCUUCGAAACCGAUAAUGGAAUCAAGGUCGACGAUCAGGGAACCAUCAAACAAGUGAAAGUCCCCAAGACGGAUGCAUCGGGAAAAUCCAUCGGUGAAGAUGUGGUCCCGGUGUCGGUCCAAACGGGAUCGUUCCAGUACACGGCUCCCGACGGACAGGUUUUGACGAUCAAAUACGUUGCCGAUGAGAAUGGAUUCCAACCGCAGGGUGCUCAUAUCCCAGUAGCGCCGACUGCAUAAGUCGUAGAUGUACAAGCUGAUUAAGUUCUCAUUCUCAAUGAUACCAAACAAGCUAUAGCUUCUCGGCUGUCCUGUCGCGCCAUCCCGCCACUGCCAACCAAAACUCGCACGUGCCGUUGAUAUUGUACACCAAAUUGUAAAUACUCGUAAAUAUAUGCUAGCAAAUGUUAUUC